AUGGUGAAAGCUCUCACUUUCAAGGGCGACAAGAAAGUGAAGAAGCGCAAACGUCCAGCGACCGACGCCGAUGAAGACGGCACGACCGCAAAUAAGCAGCUGGCACUCCACAACGAUGCUCCACCCGAAGACGACGACAAUUGGGUCUCUGCUCUGGCCGUGACGGACUUGGCAGGCCCGGUGAUGUUGGUCUUGCCAUCUGAACCGGCAUCCUGCAUGGCCGUCGACCAGCUCGGCACAGUCUUCACCAGUCGCAUCGAGAACAUGAUCGAGAAUGAGCCGUCCACUGCAGAGCCCCAUGAUGUCCGGCAGGUGUGGAUAUCGCAGAAGAUCGUCGGCAUGGAGAACAGCUUCACUUUCAAAGGCCACCACGGAAAGUACUUAGGUUGUGACAAAUACGGUAUCCUUUCGGCUUCUCGCGAAGCCGUCUCUCCCGAGGAAACGUUCCUGGUCGUCCCUUCCGAUGAUUAUCCCGAGCAGUUCGAAAUACAGACGACCCGUUCGACCUAUCUUUCUGUGGACAGUGACAAGACCCCCGCGGAGGUUCGCGGAGAUAGUGAGAAGACGUCUGAGACGACCCAUAUCCGCAUCCGCAUGCAAGCUCGCUUCAAACCCAAGCACAAAGCCGAGAAGGCCGAGAAGAUUCGAGCAAAGAUCAGCCGAAAGGAGCUCGAAGACGCCGUCGGCCGUCGACUUGACGAUGACGAGGUGAAGAUGCUGAAGAAAGCGCGCAGAGAAGGUGAUUAUCAUGAAGCGUUGUUGGACGUGAAGGUCAAGGGCAAGCACGACAAAUUCGCAUGA